AUGAGUUUUCUCAAUCUUCGUGCUUUACGAAUCCAGAAAGCGACAACCGUCGCGGAUCUUUCCGACGAGGCUCUUAUAAAAGUGUUCCAAAGGUGCGACAAUGUGACAAUAUUACGAUGUUCGAACGUGUGUCGUCGCUGGCGCGCUUUGAUUUUCACGGAGGAGCGAAAACCGCAGUCUGUGGUUCGUCGUGCACAGGACACAGUUGGAAUCUUCAUCGUCGAUCGAAGGAGGGCAAUCCUUGAGAAAAUAUGUCCUGGUUCUGAGCCGACGAAACUAACAGCUACUCGUAGUGAAUGUUCACUACUUAUAACGCCUUCGAUUCGAACACCGAGGAUCACUCGAAGUUCUCAUAAUGAUGCUACUCCCAAGGAACCACCUAUUCCCUUGGAAACCACCACGGUAUUUAUGGAAGAUCAAUUUGUAGAUCAAACACAAGCUUCGUGGGCUUUCACAUUUGACUUUUCAACCUGGGCGAGUAAGCAUCACGUUGUUGAGGUAUGUCUCCAGAACUUUUGUUCAUUCCUUGACCGCGAACAUCCACGGAUGGAGUUUCCGGGUGGCAACGGACAUGCAGAUGGCAGCAGCCACGGAAGCUCACCACAUAAUGGUGCUAUGCUCACACCACCAUGGUCCGGAGGCGUUGCUGGUCGUUCACCACCAGGAGAAGGAUGUACUGGUAAUGGAGUUCCUGAUCAGCGUGGCUAUGCAUAUUACCAAUUGCCCUCUGCACGGGCCUUGAUGGCUCACAGCCCUCCUUUGACUGUCAUGGAUGACGAGACAGUAGCAGAACUGACGCGAUUAUCAUCUGGUCGAUUGGAACGCCUAGCGAGCGCGUUACGCGUAAUUCGUCCUUUGCACAUUGUAUUUCGCGAUCACUCGCUCUAUAACCAUCGCCCUACUCUGCUACUGAUAUGGUUUCUCAAGUUGCUCCAACCGUCGGUGCGUCGCGUAACGUUUGACGGCAUUCAAGCUCAUCACCUGAUUCCGUUGCAUAAGAUAUUCGACCUCAGCGGUAUUGAUGAGCUAAACGUCAACCAACCGCGAUUUUCUCCGGCAGUUUGUGUGUCUCAUCGCUUAUUAAUGAACUGGCUGGCGUUGCCGUCACAGCACAGACGUAGACUUCGUAUGCGGCUGUCCGGCUGUCGCACAAUGACUGCGCGUGGUCUUGCUGUCUUUGUGAGGAGCUGGAAAGUCACUCCAGAGCCGUGUUUGUUUGACCAGAUAUCCAUUGAUCUUCGUUCAGUGCCAGUUUAUGAUUUCCUUGCUGAAAUGGAAACUCCAACGAAGGAUCCGGAAGAGCCUGAGGAUUGGCGGCCACCCACGCCACCUGCAGCUGCAUACGGUCAUGGACCAAUGGCAGCAGCAAGCAGAUGGACAAACUGCAAACUCACCGUGAAACACCGCAAAGGCAAUGCCACACUGAAUAUGUGCGUAGCUGAAGGAUUUAUCGUGCUCCAAUGUAAUUCAGUAGGGGAGCAGCGAUCCACACAACAGGCAUCUUCGUUGUGUCGAAGGAGUGUUCUUCCACGACCAUCUUCUUCUCAAUGUUUCGAGGCAAAAACGAAAGGCGGUUCGCUGCCACGUUCCGAUCAAUCACCGUUGAAACGAAUCGACACAGAUCCGCUACACCGUAGUUCCUCGGUGCUCGACAAGAUGUUCGGCUUCUUGCUGCGUUCAAACGCAUAA